CCCCCCACACCCACACCCACACCCACACCCACUAAUUAGAUUCAAAGAAAAAGUCGAGACAUUUCGACUCUUGGUUAAGGAGCCCAGUCGCGUCCUGUUCUUCUUUGAAACGAAUUAUUAUCGAGUUUUUAAUGUACCGAGAUCCAAAAUCGAUAGUUUUCAAGCUAAGAAAGUUUUAAAGAGUGAGUAAAAAAACUUUGAAUUAUGUGAACACUUGUCUUCUGUCAUUGUCCGACUUUCUCAAGCUUGUUUUCAAAAACUUCCUGUCUGCACUUCAUGUUAAACAUAUCUUUCUCAGUACAGCACUGUUUUAUUUUCGACUUUGCUAAUAUGUUCGAGUGGUGAUGCUGAAAAUUUAUUUAUGAACAUAAGAGUUCAAAAAUGUGUUUUCAUAAAUAUAUAGCUUAAAAUUUCACGGCUACGUCUGUAUGAAACGAAUAUGAGAGAAGUUUACUACAGGAGUUUUAAUAAUUCAGUUCCUUUUUUGACUGCAUCUAAAUCACCUUGUGUUUUACCACCAAGAUAUUCAAUAUACUGCUAUAAUUCAUUUUGUCGUUUCAAUACUAUUUCUUCAAAUGUUCUGUUUCGUUCGUCUGUCAACGCUUGCACUUUGUUUUGUGCUUCCUCUGUAUCCUUUAGCAGCUGGUUCAGAGCUUGUUCUCGUUCCAUAUCAGUCUGCAUUUCAAGCAUCCUUGACAAUCUACUCAGCUUGUCCAUCAUGAACUCGUUUGAAAUAUCAACGUAGGUUCGAGAUGUUAAAUAGAGAAUAUAGGUGUGCCGACGGAUACCAAAUGCUAAUCCUUUGAGUAAAUCAACGUAGAAUGCCCGUUCAGAUUCUUUUGUAUCCAUGAACGACGGCGGUACUUUCAUACGAUCGGCAAACGGCACUAGCGUUUCAUUUGCAGCGAUCCGAAUACGAACAGAUAUUUCGGAAAAAAAAUGAACUAAACUUCCCCAAUGAACUCGAAUGUUACCCAGUAACAAGAUGACUUCACGUAAAAGUCCGAUGAUUUGUUCAAAAUUGAUUUCUACCAAAUCACGGUGUUGAAAGGGUGUGGGUGUAGUUUUUGGAAGAAUUCCACGUCCACACCCACACCCACCCACACCCCACCCACACUCACACCCAAACCCACACACCCAUACACCCACACCCACACCGACACCCACACACCAACACCCACACCCACACACCUCACCCACACCCACGCCACACCCAUAAACAGUAUACUUAACAGAGGGUCUCUCUAGGCAUAUCUUUAUGAAUAUAAAGCAUGAACACACCUCUACCAUUGAUAAAAGAAUCACCCCGUUAGCUUGAGCUGUAGUGGAGAUCAGAGAUGAGCGAGUCAGCAAAAAAGUCGCACCGUCACUGCCCCGUCCCGCACCGCCGAUAACGUUCCGCACCGCCACCGCCCCGCCUGUUUAGCAUUGAAACCGCCACCGCCCCACCCCACCCCGUCAAAAAUAUGUUUUAAAAAACUAUUUAUUGACAAAUUUUUCAUUAAAUUUGAUAAUGGCUAUUUCAUUUCAUGAGAUGAAGAGGCAUAUUUUAAAUGCAUAAACAUCGUUCCGAAAUAGAAAAAAAUAAAUAUAUGAAAAUGAAAGGCAAUUAUAAUACAGUCACUCAUUUUGUGGAACUCACGUAUAUUUUCGAAUAAAAUAGUGAUUGUAAGUUAUAAGUUCGAGGUUUGGCGGCUCUCUCCCUUCCCCCACUCCAUUACAGACACUCCACUCAGGGUUGCCAGAUCUUCCGAUACGGCAGGAAAAAUUGCGAUUUUUUAAAAGUUUCUCCAACGACUUCCCGACGUUCCGAUUUUUCCGAUUUUAACAUAUUUUUCCGAUCGCCUUCAGAUUUCCUAAUUUUUCUCCGGUUUUCGAAGUCUUAUUUGGGAAUUCAAGUUCUUAGGACAUUCUAGAAUAGUUUAACCAUGACAUGACACCACACAUAUAGCGAUCUAUUUCACCAUAGUUAUCGGGUAGUGAAGCGUCAUGAACUCAACAAACCACACUGCAGUGAUUUGAAAGCAUAUCCUCCAAUAAAACUAUGAUGUUUUACAGACAAUUAAGAUCCAGCUUUCUAUCACGAUGAACUAACUUUCUCUGUUCGUUUACUAUAGUGUUAAUUAAGAAUAUUUUCGUUUCUGAGCUUUUUUUGUUUCAUCACAGAUAUCAUAAAACUAAUCAUAAUCGUAUGGGUACUAAUUUAGCUGUUGCAGAAUUGAAAAUCGGAAUGAGUUCUGUUUAUACUUGUGGACAUUUUUAUGAAUAUCUGUUACCUCAAUCUGAUAUUUUGAAGAGUAUUCGAGCUAAUAAAAAAGUAUGA